UCAGACUUCAGAUUAGCUGAAGGAGAGGCAUCAGUGAGGCUCUGACUUCACCCACCAAAGGUUUCACCUCUCAGGACUUGCUGCUCUUACUUUCUGCCUUCAGGCUUCCAGCAGAGGCUCCUUCAGCCUCAGAUCAUCUUUAGUACGUGGAUUUCUUCUUCUGUUCUUCAUUUUGAGAGGUUUUCCAAAAACGUUGCGACCAUGUCGACGGCAGUGGAGGCAGUGGGGUUCGUCAUGUGCAUGAUUGGCUUUCUGAUCACCGGCGCGGCGCUAGCUAACGACUACUGGAAGAUCUCCUCGGUGUCCGGCAGCGUCAUCGUCUCUCAGAGGGAGUUUGAGAACCUGUGGCACGCCUGCGCCGAGAACAGCGCCGGCAUCGCCAACUGCCGCGACUUCGAGUCCAUGCUGGCCCUCCCAGCUCACGUCCAGGCGUGUCGCGCUCUGAUGAUCAUCUCUCUGCUGCUCGGCCUCGGCUGCAUGAUCGUCUCUCUGCUCGGACUCAAGUGCAUCAAGAUCGGCUCGGCCACCGUGGAGUCCAAGGCCAAGAUGGCCGCCACCGGAGGAAUCAUGUGCAUCCUGGGAGGACUAUGCUGCAUCAUCGCCUGUUCCUGGUACGGGUACCAGGUGGUUCAGGAGUUUUACAACCCGCUGUACGGAGGAGCAAAGUUCGAGCUCGGCGCCGGCCUCUACAUGGGUUGGGCCGGAGGUUCCCUCUGCAUCCUGGGUGGAAGUCUCCUCUGCAGCGCCUGCAAGAGAGCGUCACCUGCUGGAAAGAAAGGAGGUUACCCGGCGAAGAAGGUCUACACGGCCACGGCCCGGACCGACACAGAAUCCACCAAAGCUUACGUUUAAUCACGCGUUUCUAUCUGGACUGUUUCCACUCGUUUCUAGAAGGUUCUGCUCAGUUAAGCUGUGACAUAAAAAACAAAAUAACUUGAAGUUUUUCUCCAUCAACGUUUGUUUUUGGGUUCAGGAUGAACCUCCUCAGAUACGCCGUCUGAAAGUCACCUUCUACGCUGAUGAUGUUGUUGUUGCUGUUGCUGUUUUCUGUCUUUUGUUUGAAUUAUUUUAAAUCUUCAAUGUUGGUUUUAUUGAAAGUGAAGAAAAUAUCUGAUUGAUGAUGAUUUUAACAAAACUGUUUCACAUUUAUUUUUAUCUGAAUAAAGUUUGUUACCAAAA